AUGAUUAGCAAAGGUCUCAUCCUCCUCGGGUCAGCUCUGCCUGCUUUAGCCACUUCGUUGGCUAAGAGGCAGAGCUCUUCUUUGGAAAGCUGUCCUGGGUACACUGCUAGCAAUGUUCAAAAUGAUGGUGCUAGAGUCACCGCGGAUCUUGCUCUUGCUGGCACGGCAUGCAAUAUCUACGGUGAUGAUCUGACGGACUUGAGGCUGGAGGUGGAAUACCAGACUGAAAGCCGACUACACGUCAAGAUCUACGAUGUCGCCGAGCAGGUUUUCCAGAUCCAGGAAUCCGUCUGGCCGAGACCUCAAGGGGAUGAUGGCUUUGAUCCUGCAACCUCAGCUCUGGUCUUCUCUCACACAGAGAACCCGUUCUCCUUUGCUAUUACCCGCAGAGACACCAAUGAGACUCUUUUCGACACUUCAGCUGCGAACUUGGUCUUUGAGACACAGUACCUUCGCCUCAGGACGAGCCUGCCCAAGUCUCCCAAUCUGUACGGCCUGGGAGAAUCUACGGAUGACUUCCACUUGAACGCAACCAACUAUACCCGAACUCUGUGGAAUCGUGAUGCUUAUGGUACUCCCCCAGGAACCAACCUUUACGGAUCCCAUCCAGUGUACUUCGACCACCGUGGUAAGAACGGCACUCAUGGCGUGUUCCUUGCUAGCUCUCAGGGUAUGGACAUCAAGAUCGAUGACUCGGAUGGCCAGUUCCUGGAGUACAAUGCCCUCGGUGGUGUCGUCGAUCUGUACUUCUUGGCCGGUCCUACGCCCAAGGAGGUGGCUGUUCAGUACUCUGCGUUGUCUGGAACCGCCGCAAUGAUGCCUUACUGGGGUUUUGGAUUCCAUCAAUGCAAGUACGGUUACCGUGAUGUCUGGGAGGUCGCGGAAGUCGUGGCAAACUAUACUCAAGCCAACAUACCAUUGGAGGUCAUGUGGACCGAUAUUGACUACAUGGAGCUCCGACGCUUAUUUACACUGGAUCCUGAACGCUACCCAUUGGAGUUGGUACGCGCUCUGGUUAACUACCUUCACGUACACCAGCAACAUUACAUCGUCAUGGUCAACUCCGCUAUCUGGGCGGGCGACAGUGACGUUUACAACGAAGGUGUUGAGCAAAAUGUGUGGCAGAUAAGAGAAAAUGGAUCGGAAUACAGAGGCGCGGUCUGGCCUGGCCCAACUGUCUUCCCUGAUUGGUUCCACCCCAAUACUCAGGACUACUGGAACAGCCAGUUCGAGCAAUUCUUCGACCCCGCUACAGGUGUUGACAUCGACGGACUCUGGAACGAUAUGAACGAGCCUGCCAACUUCUGCCCAUACCCUUGCCCUGACCCUGUGGCCUACUCCGAAGAAUCCAAGAACCCUCCUGAGCCUCCACCAGUCCGUCCUGGUGGACCUGGUCGCGUCAUCCCUGGCUUCCCUGCUGCCCUUCAGCCUGGAUCCAGCACCAACGCUACCAAGCGUUCGCUUCAGUCUCGUCAGUUCAACUCCAAAUUGUCGAUGCCUAAGCGUUCCCUCAAUGCUCGUCAGUCUAACCAGACUACACCGCGUCUCGGUCUGCCCGGUCGCGAUCUCAUCAACCCCGGGUACGAGAUCCAAAACGCUGCCGGAUCGAUUAGCAACAAGACCAUGGACACUGACAUCCGCAACUACGAUGGCUCUUACCACUACGAUACCCACAACUUCUGGGGCUCGCUCAUGUCCAUCGCAUCGAGAGAGUCUAUGUUGCAACGCCGCCCUGAGCGCCGUCCCUUCCUGAUCACACGCUCCACAUUCGUCGGUCUCGGCAAGUACGUAGGCAAGUGGCUCGGUGACAACGUCAGCACUUGGGAGCAGUACCGCUUCAGUAUCGCUGGCGUUCUGAACUUCGCCUCCAUCUUCCAGAUCCCUAUGGUCGGACCUGAUAUUUGCGGUUUCGCCGGCAACACCACUGAGACCCUCUGCGCGCGCUGGGCCACCCUCGGAGCUUUCUACCCCUUCAUGCGCAACCACGCAGGCGACACCUCCAUCUCCCAAGAAUUCUACCGCUGGCCUCUGACCCGCGCCGCAGCUAGCAACGCCAUCGCCGUCCGCUACCGCCUGCUCGAUUACAUCUACACAGCCUUCCACCGCCAGACCGAAACCGGUCUUCCCCUCCUAAACCCGCUAUUUUUUCACUACCCAGAGGACGCCAACACUUUCAACAUCGAGUACCAAUUCUUCUACGGCGACGACAUCCUCGUCUCGCCCGUGCUCGAGGAGAACAGCACGUCCGUCAGCAUCUACCUCCCCAACGGGACCUUCUACGACUGGUGGACUCUCGAGCAGAUUCAAGGCACAGGGUCCUACAUCAACAUAACUGACGUGGGCUUCGACUCGAUUCCGCUGCACAUCCGCGGCGGCGCCAUCCUGCCCCUGCGCGCUGAGAGCGCAAACACGACCACCGAGCUGCGCAAGCAGGAUUUCGUUAUCUGGAUUGCGCCGAAUAGCACGGGCCAGGCUUAUGGCACACUGUAUCUGGACGAUGGAGAUAGCAUUGAGCAGGAUGGCACAAGCGAGAUCGUGUUCACGUAUGAUAAUGGUGAGUUUAGUAUGACAGGUGAUUUUGGAUACGAGACGGAUGUUCAGGUUAAGAACAUCACGCUCCUUGGUACAAAUGGACAGCAGACACUGCAGGGUCCUGUGCCGUUAACAGGCGAGUACAGUGUUACUUUCAACACUUCCGGUGGGAAUUACACUGGUGGUGGCAGCCCGCCGCAGUUCGAGGGAGCUGCGACAAGGAACAGCGUCGGUGCGCUGGUUGGCGCCAUUGCCGGUGCCGCAUGGCUGGCUUUGUAG